GAAGAUGAGGACAGUGACUACGGCAGCCACAAAAAACUGGGCCGGGUGUCACCGUGUCGUGUUUUAUCAGGAACCGUUCAGUUCCCCGACUUAUUCCAGACCAGCAAUCUCCUCUUCUAUGAGCGGUUUGAGGCCUACAAGGACUAUCUCCUGGGAGAUGCCAAACCCUCCGAAGUAAUGGAAUUUAUAUCCGAAUACUUAGAAAAGGCUCUGGAACCGUCCGGCUGGAAGGCUGUUUGGCGCACGGACAUCUUUGAAGUUCUUGUUGAGGUGACCGAAGUGUCUUACUCCAGUUUAAAGGCCGUUGUCCAACCAUGCGUGCCAUUCAUGUGCGAUUACCGUAUGGAGUGUGUCACCGAACAGAGCAUUCGCGACUUGCUGGAAGUGAAGGAGCAGAGGGUCCCGUUACAGGAGCUUUAUGUGGUCUAUGAUGAUUCCGGAGAAUAUGACCAGACUGCCAUGUCCAUUGAACACGUCAGGUUCUUUUUCCAACACAUCUGGCGCCUCUGGGAUGAAGAAGAGGAAGAUUAUUUUGAUUAUUUUACAAGAUGUGCUGAGCCACGAUUACGCUUUCAUUAUGAUGUUCUAGAAGAGCGUAUUCCAUCCGAGCUGGUAUCCGAGUAUCAUGCCAUUCUAAGACGCUGCAUGCAGGUUUACAGUCAGUUCAACAGCCUCCGAAAUGCGUUAUCCAACAGUGACUCUGACACGGAGCUCGAUAACGUGUCCAUGGUGGAAGGGAUGAAGAUGGAUGGUGAAAUGGAGAACCUGAAAAGGAAGCUAAAACUGAUUGAGAAUCCCCUGCUGAGGUAUCUGUUCUGUUGUCAGAAGAGCUCUGGAAGGUACAGCCUGAAAAAAAAGGGUCCCCGUACCACUGGUGGAAAAGUCAUUCAUGUUGUGUCCACAAGUAUGACCAUUGAGACCUUGAUGUGUCUAACUAGAGAGCGGUUGGAGUCGGAGUCCUGUAGCCAAAACCAGGAAAUCCAGUUCCACAAAGAUCUCCUGGAAGCAGUGAAUGCGUGCUACGAUGGGGAUCUGGUCCUGAUUUGUCCUGGGCAUUAUUAUAUAUACAGCCAGAUCUGCAUUGCAGACUCUGUGUAUAUAGAAGGUUAUGGGAUGGCAGAUGACAUUAUUAUUGAGAAGAAAGGGAAAGGGGACAAGUUUGUGGAAUGCUCUGGUCCCAGUGUGAAAAUCUCCAAUGUGAAGCUCAUCCAACACAGUGCAGUGGAAGGAAUUGUCAGUGUCCUUGGAGGGAAGACUGAGCUUGAGAACUGCGUGUUUCAGUGUGACACCACCGGCAUUACAGUGAAGAAAUCGGCAGAAUUGGUGAUGAAGUAUUGUGACUUGUAUGGAGCAAAGGGAGCCGGCCUGGAGAUCUAUCCUGGAAGUAACUGCAGCCUGACGGAUAAUGGAAUCCACCACUGCAGAGAUGGCAUUCUGAUCAAGGACUUCAUUGACGAGGUUCAUGAUCUCCCCAAAAUAAUACUAGAGCACAACGUCAUCCACAACCACGAGGGCUAUGCUGUUGUUUUGGUGAAACCGAGCUCUUCAAUGGAGAAAAUGAGGCCAGAUCAAGAAGGUGACUCUUUCCUUGUUAGUUUGCAUUCCCUGUGUCUGUACCUCUCUGUCUGGAAAUUGGGUCAGUGUGAUGUUUAA